CACGCUGCCAUUUUUUUAGGAAUUGAAUCUUAAAUUUCCGUCUUUGUUUUAGCAGAAAAAAGGGAACCAAAUAAGUCAACAUGGCUGAAAAAGAUGAUCUUGACAUCGAAACCCCAGGGUACGUCCCACCAAAGCAGGUCACGAUGAAUGAGAUGCUGGAAAAAGACAAAGAUGAUAAAUCAUUGGAGGACUACAAGAAAAAACUGCUUGGUGAUGCGGCAUCGGGUGAAAAAGUUAUAUUCUUCCCUGAGGAUCCAAGGAAAGUUAUUGUCACGAAGCUGAGUUUCUGUACAGAGGGUAGACCUGAUGUAGAUUUAGAUUUAACUAAAGACAUAGAAACUCUCAAGAAACAGAGAGUGACCAUCAAAGAGGGCGUGACCUUUAAACUUAAAGUACAUUUUUUCGUGCAGCGUGAGAUUGUUAUGGGCUUAAGAUAUGUGCACAAGACUUGCAGAAAAGGAGUGCAAGUUGACAAGACCAACUACAUGGUUGGGGCUUAUGCCCCGCGCGAAGAAGAACACAUCUAUAGUACUCCCACAGAUGAGGCUCCCUCUGGGAUGCUAGCCCGGGGUGAAUACACUGUGAAAAGUCUCUUCACCGAUGAUGACAAAAAUGAACAUUUAAAAUGGGAGUGGGCAUUCAAGAUCGCCAAGGAUUGGAAUGAUUAAUUAUGACUGAAUGUAACGCAACCAUUGCCAAUCACGUUCCAAUUGGAACAUAAAUGCAAGAUGGGAUGUAAUAUUUGACUUAAUGGAUUCAUAAAUUGUAAUGUUUUGUUCGGUUGUCUUGUCUUGUUGGACGAUUGUGGAAAAGAUGCAAUAGGUGGAGCUAGGGGUUAAAGGAACAGGCAUACUUGAUUGGAUGAACACAACAUAUCAUUGUGUAUGAAGGAUUCAUUUUACAUGCGCUAAUAUUUUCAAGUAAACACAAGAUGAUCAAAAUUGGCAAAUUCCCAUUUUCCCAUGUUUUCACAUUUUCACAUUUAUCACAA